UUCGUUUUUAAGAGCAGAGCGCGGCUCAACUUCCCCUUGUGUGCUUUGUGCUGCCCUGCAUGGGAGACCUCUGAGCCUGGGCUCAGCCCUCUGCCCUAGAAAUCACAUCCUGGCUGCUGGGACAGGGUCUUGGGAGAGCUUCUGGAGAGUUACUGCGGGAGAGAAUAUUUAUCAGGAGUGAUUAAAGAAAAUGGAUCCAGACUUUUCAAAUGCAUUUACACAGCCUUCUACACUGGAUCAAUUCUUAACUGAGGGUGUCAUCACUAAAGGUGAGAAGAAGAAACUCAUAAAACAGACUUCAAACAACAACCCCAAACUGGAAGAAUUGAAACUGUUCUUGACUGAGUGGAUUAACAGAACUCUGAAAGAGGAGCACAUAGUGGUUAAAAGUCUGGAGGAAGACCUGUUUGAUGGGCUGGUACUUCAUCAUCUCCUGGAAAACUUAGGAUCUCUCAAGCUGGAUGUUGACAGGAUUGCAUUAACAGAAAGAAAACAGCGGCAGAAACUCUCUGUGAUUCUGGAAGCUGUGGCCAAGUGUUUGCAACUGGAAGAAAGUCAGCUGAAAUGGAGUGUGGAAUCUAUCUUGGCAAAGGAUUUACUGAGCACACUGCAUCUUCUGGUUGCAAUAGCAAAGCACUUUGAGCCCACCCUGGCUCUGCCUCCAAAUGUCCAAGUGGAGACAAUCACCAUUGAGACCACCUCUGGAGGAUUAAAGACGUCAAAUGGAGUGGAAUAUAUCACAGAAAACAAAGAGAAUAUAGAAGCACAGUCAAAAGAUGAUGCCUUUGAUGAAUUAUUUAGCUGUGCUCCAGAUAAACUGGAUGCUGUAAAAAAGGCACUUCUACAAUUCGUUGACCAGCAUGUUGGAAAAUUAGGAUUAAAUGUGAAAGACAUCGAAUCUCAGCUUUCAGAUGGGGUUAUCUUACUUCUCUUAAUUGGACAACUAGAGGGUUACUUCCUGAAUUUACAGAAUUUCUUCCUGACUCCAGCCAGCACCAUGGAGAUGCUCCAUAAUGUUAACCUGGCAUUGGAGUUGCUAGCAGAGGGAGGUCUUCUGAAUUUUCCUUUGAACUCUGAAGAUAUUGUGAAUGGAGAUACAAAGGCUAUAAUGCGAGUUCUGUACUGCUUGUAUUCCAAAUACAGAACCAAAGAAGCAUGAAGAACAAGGCCAAGGGCUUGAGCUGCCUUUAUUUUUGAUUUUUUGGAUUCCCAGCUGUGUUUGCCACUGUUUCUGGGCAUGCACUGGUGUUUGACACUUGCUGUAUUAACAUUGUAUAGCAAAUGUGUUGUUCAUGCAAGGUUUCACAUACACAGCCUGUACAACUGUAAAUGUGUGUCCACAGCUCAUGUACUGUGUAAUUCUAGGGAUGUAGCUCUUGUUCCAGAUCCUGCCUUCUGUUUUCUGUGAGCCCUGCCAGUGCUGCAAAGAAAUUAAAUGUGUGUUUAUUCUGGGCUCUGCGUUCUUUGCUCCUGAAGGUGACUUUGAAAGUUGCUGCAUCUUCCCCAUUUCCCUGCCUUGGGAAGCCUUUUGGAAAACUAGAGAGGAGAAAGACCCACCAGAGUGGGAAGGCUGAGACACACCUGAAGUUCAAAACCUGCUUUAGAGAGGUGGCCAGUGCUAUCAGACAAGAGGAUAUGAAUUGGAUGCCAAAUGAAUAGGUAGCAAAAAGGAAAUCUGAACUCACCAGCUGUUUGACAAACGUUUCAGGGCUCAUUUGCUCGAAUAUGGAAAAGGCAUCGGAAACAGGGGGUUUUCCUGCACAGCUAUAGAAGGAUGCCCUUAUUUCCUUGCUAAGCCAGUGCCAAACUGUGCCCAGCUCCAAUUGCAGCUCUGACACAAACUCUGGCUAGCAGGGAUGCCAAUCCCUGCCAAGCAUGUUGUGAGAGGGAGUCACAUGUCUGCACUUUGUCUGCAGUAAGAGGUGGGCAAUGCUGGCUGGGCUCUGCAUCUGGUGGAUGUAGAGACCAUUACAGGUGGCAGCAGUGAAUUCAGCUUCCCAGCACCUCUGACAGCUGAGUCAUCUCAAACUCCUCAGGCUCUCCUAGGUGAAUUUGUCCAGCCUCCAUCCCCAGCCUCUCAGCAGUUUCCUCUGGAUGCAUUGCGUGAAACUAGAGAUAUAAUUAGGGAAAAAAAAAAGCUUCAGGUUUUUUUCUUGCUUCUAUCUAAACUGAUUGAAUUUCCUGCCAUCGGUAACUGUGACAUUUGAUCUCUGUUCUGAUCCCCCAUCUGUGUGUUAAUGGGAAACCAGAGCUCUCCCAGUGCGAGUGCUGACAUUUACAGAGGAGAAUUUGUUGUGUCUACCUCUGGAUCGUGCAGCCCAGGGAAGAUCCUUAGAUAGCAAUGCUGGAAAGUCUUUUGAAAAUGGUAAAACUGCACAGCUGCUGGGAGAGGGAGCUGUGCAAACUGCCCCGAGACCAAACCCUUCUGCACCAAGAAUUAGUUCAUGACCUUUUUAUGGAGAAAAAUACAAUGUGUGGUGCCAAUGAGCUACCAAGAUCACUUGAUUCCCCAGCAAACGUUAGCUGUGUGUGCUGAUCUGGACAAUUUAAGGAAAGAACACUUUGCAAGUCCCCAUAGGCACCUUGCUUGAUUCCUUAAUGGGCUUCCAAGAAUCAGCUGGGAGACCUGAGAAGUUCAUUCUUUCUUCACAGAAUUUUAGGUUGCUGUAACACUGCACACAGAACAUGCAUUCAUUGUGGAAUGAAUUGCUAUGGAGCUGAUA